AUGGAGAAUCAGAUAUUGUUUGAUAUAAGAUCAGUGAUAGACAGUGGACUUGUAGCUGAAAUAUUUAGUCAAAAUAGUCCUGUUAGUGCUGAAAACUUUAAUCUGGAAACUGCAGUCAUUAAUAAUCCCAUUGAAGAAGGAUUGCUAUCCAGUCAAGACAGUCAUUUAUGCACUGUAAAUGUGGGAGAGGCUUUGUUAGAUCACAUCAAUUAUCCACUUACCAUUGAAAACCAAAACGCAAUAGUAAAAGUUGAAGUACAUCUGCAUAGAAGCAACAGCUGUGAUGAUGAAGAUCUUGAAAAAUACAAGGAAUUCAAUCUUCCAGAAGAAGCUGAACGUACGCAUUCACCUUAUCUGCCUUCAGAUGGUGUCCACGUUCUUUCUUCUGUAGCGACACAGCAUAACAAUUGCAGCGUCCCAACGUCAAGCGUGUUCUCUGCAGAAGGAACAGUCAAUCAAAAUGUCAGAAUGAUACCAGUGUUCAGAUCAUUCAUAGCUCCAGUUGCAGGUGAGAAUAAGUGUAUUUGUUAUGAUCAAUUUGAAGGAACCCAAAGCAGUACUAUGCAGUUACAAAACCUGACCGAUUGCCCAAAUGAAUCUUCCAGUGAUAUCUAUGGCUUGCCUCAGACGAGUGCUUCUGUCUAUGAUGAAAUAGUUAUCUGCCAGUUGGAAGGAGGUACUCAAAUACUCUGUAUAAACAGUUGUGACACACAGGAACUAAAACCAGUUCAGCUGAUUCCUGACUAUCAUGACCAACAUAAUUAUCGUCAAUCAGAUGUGGACAACUCUGUGACAGCUGUCCUGGGGCAGUUUUUGCCUGUUCCAGGUGAACUGUUUCUGAAUAAACAAGAGUUUGAAAACAGACCCUUACAACCAGUAGCUAACACUGCCACACUUCAUCUAGAAUCAGAUCUGCAUGCAGUGAAUGUGACCUCAGAGGGCUUACCUUUUGGUUCAGAGGUUACAAAGUCUAAGAAACCAUGUAACUGCACAAAAUCUCAGUGUCUUAAAUUAUAUUGUGAUUGCUUUGCCAAUGGUGAUUUUUGCAACAACUGCAACUGCAAUAAUUGUUACAACAAUCAACUUAAUGAAACUGAGCGCUUUAAAGCCAUUAAG